AAAAAUGUGCAUUUUCUUCAAAAUACCCGCAGACACCAUGCAAAGACAAUGAGGAAGUAUGGACUUCAUAAUCGACUCAGUCCCAGAGAUUUUGGCCGCCAACCUGUCAUAAGUGUAGAAAAUGACAUUGAAUAUUAUGGCAUUGUAGGCAUAGGAACUCCGCCUCAAAUGUUUAAACUCGAUAUGGAUACAGGCUCUUCCGAUUUAUGGAUCCCCUCCAUCCAAUGUGAACAGUAUAACAUCAAAUGCGCCAACCAUGCUCGGUUCGAUCCUUCACUCUCUUCAUCUAUUAUCGAACUCAAAGCUCCUUGGAAAAUCAGAUAUGGUGAUGGCUCCUCUGCCAGUGGUCGGCUCGCGAUUGAUCGGCUUGAGUUUUCGAAUAUCACGAUCCAUAAUCAACUCUUCGGAUUAGCUGAUCGAGAGUCUGUUGGCUUCCUAGAUGAUGUCGUCGAUGGUGUCUUUGGUCUUGGAUUCCCAACCUUAUCUACACAAAACGGAUCCGGAUUAAUCAGCAACACUGUUUUGGAGGGCCUAAUGGCUCAUGAGCUAAUUGCUGCACCCGUCUUUGGAGUUUGGCUAGCAGACAACGACUAUAGGCUGAAUAAUACUGAUAACGACGGCGAAUUCAUCUUUGGAUCCAUCGACACGGAUCGUUUCAUCGGGAACCUCACUUACUUGCCCGUUACCCAUUCAAAGCAUUGGCAGGUCAAGGUGGAUAGUAUCAGUGUCCACCAUGACCGUGGCGACAAUGCUAACAAUGUUGCUCAUGGGCUAGACCUUGAUAUUCAUGGCGAGGCAAUCAUCGAUACUGGCACCACUCUCUUGGUUUUCCCCAUCCCAUAUGCCAAAGAAAUCAACAGGGCUAUUGGUGCAACCUCCGAUCCUCAGGAAGGUUGGAUCUUACCUUGUGAGGAUGUCAAAAAACAAACCUUGGGUUCACUCGACUUUACCAUGGGUGGUACCACGUUCUCUGUCAGAAGAAAAGACUUGAUCAGAGAAUCUGUUAUGCGCAAACCUGGAUGGUGCUAUAGCGCUGUCACUACCACUCCCGGAGAUGUCAUGAUCUUUGGCGACGUCUUUAUCCGCAAUAAUUACUGUGUCUUUGACUUUGAACGGCUCUCCAUCGGCAUCGCUCCCGCCAAGAGACGUUAG